GUGAUUAACUUCAAAGCGGGUAGAAGUCGUCAGGGAAAUCUUAGGCAGAUUGCCGAGUAGAUUCGCGCCGUCAACUUUAAUGCUAGGCAGUCAGAUAGAAGCCAAAAAAACGAAGACUAAACUGGGCGAAGGAUGACUAAACCCGUCGAAGCGAUCUUGUAUCCACCUGGAAAUGGAGACGAUGACUGGGCGCCACAAAAUGGCACAGAGGCAGCGCGGAAACGUGCUAUUAUUAUAGGAUACAUAGGGCGGGCGUUGCAAGAGGAAGAUGGAAAUGCUAAUGCAAACGAGCACCAGGUCUGAGAAGAGAGCAAUAGUAUGGACAAGAGGAAGCGAAGCAAAAGGCAAAAGGACGUUCUUAACAUCAUUCAGAGAAAAGAUCUUGGACGUCGCCAGCAUGGAGCAAAGCCGUCCAGCAGAGCCGAGGAAUGCUCAAAGACACAUGUGUGCUUCUCUGCCCCAUCGCUCCGGACGCUAUCGGCUGUCGAGAAGGCGUUACUGGCUGUGCCUUGGCCUGAACGAUUUCAGAUUCCACAGUACACUAUGACACGGAACUGCAUCUUCCUCUUUGAAGACGAGGAUUUUGGAGGUGAGGAACAUAGUUUUUGCUCAAUUAAAGUGAGAGAGGAACUCGUCGACUUUCUUUGGGACAAGGUAGUAAAAGGGCACGGUCGUUUGCGAUCAGUGGCCAACGCGGAUACAUGCAAAUGGAAAAAAACGGUAACAUCCAAAGAUAACAUGGAUUGGAACUACCAUUACACGCAUUUCGACGUGAUUGAAGCUGAUCACCCGGAUUUCGAGGAGCAGGUGGCUGAAAAGCGGCAAGCGCAGAAGAUGAAUGCUAGAAGUUGUAGCAAGGAAAUGGGUGUCGAUGUGGGAGAAGGUGUUCAAUCUGGAGCAGGUGCCUCUGGCGGUAUAAUACACUCCAACUUGCUGAGAGGAGGAAGCAGGAUUGUGCUUGAGCUACACCCAACGCUACAGAGGAAAGUCAGAGAGCUGCGUAAGUACGAAAUAAUUGGAUAGGAGCAAACCCCUCUGGCGGGCCUACUUUCUACGCGUGACCCGAAGCGAUGAGAUGCUGACCGCAACUGCUAUCUAACAAGCGCGUAGUCACGAGCUGCGCCUUUUUUCGCUUUCACCACGCGGUCGCAGAUGCCAUAAACAUGUUGGAAAUUUUCGAUGAUUUCGUGAAUGACCUUGACGAGCCGUCCUCUGUCUUUGAGAAUAAAGCUACGGAGUUCUGUUCGGUCCUCGCAUUGAGUACUACAAUUCCGACUUUGUUCGGUUCGCUACCGAGCAAGAAUAUCUCAGGAGGACGAGAUCAUAGCGUCACUACGAG